CAUUUCUGUGUUCUGACUCCAUCUAAAAGAAUUUUUAAAAUAGAAUGAGUGAAAAUCGCGAACAACUAUUGGAAUCAAUAAAGUGUCAAGGAGAAGUGGUCAGGAAAUUAAAAGCUGCCAAGGAACCCAAGGAGAGGGUUUAAUAUCGAGAGUCUGGGCAAAUUCCAGUUUAUUAUAGUUAUAAGUUGUAAAAAUGUUGCGUCACUUUAGCUGCCGCCAUCAUAAUUAUUCGCGGCUAAUUCAGACAAUUUUUCAAAAUCACCAACAAGUCAAUUGUUUGCAUAAUUCAGUAAAUUUAUUUAAAAUUCAAACUAGUCAAACAAUACAAAAGAACAACAACAACAAUAAUAAUGAUACUGAUGAUGAAUCCAUUGUACAGCAAAAAAUAUCAAAGAUCGAUGCUGAAGUGUCGAAAUUACUGGCGCUCAAAGCGCAACUAUCAGAAGAAAAUGGAACACCGCAAAAGUUCACCUUAAAAACACCGAAAGGCACACGGGACUAUAGUCCCGAGCAGAUGGCCUUAAGACAAGGCGUCCUUGAUAAAAUCAUUGCCGUCUUUAAGAAACAUGGUGCUGAGUCUAUUGAUACUCCUGUUUUUGAACUGAAAGAAGUACUUACAGGGAAAUAUGGUGAAGACUCCAAACUUAUUUACGAUCUUAAAGAUCAAGGUGGAGAAAUUCUUUCGUUGCGGUAUGAUUUAACAGUUCCUUUGGCUAGAUAUUUGGCUAUGAGCAAAAUAUCAAGUAUUAAGAGAUAUCACAUUGCAAAAGUAUAUAGACGUGAUAAUCCUUCGAUUGCUCGUGGGCGUUAUCGUGAAUUUUAUCAAUGUGAUUUUGAUAUUGCUGGAACAUAUGACCCCAUGUUACCAGAUGCUGAAUGUGUUAAAAUUGUUGUCGAGGUGCUAGAAGGCUUAGAUAUUGGUGACUUUGUUGUCAAACUAAAUCAUAGGCAACUACUCGAUGGAAUGUUUGAAGCAUGCGGUGUUCCCAAUGAUAAAUUUAGAGCAAUUUGCUCAACAGUGGAUAAGUUGGAUAAGAGCCCCUGGACAGAAGUUCGAAGAGAAAUGAUCGAGGAAAAAGGUCUUGACGAAGCAGCUGCCGAUAAAAUUGGAGAAUACGUACAAUUGAGCGGGGGUGUUGAACUGGUUGAUAAACUACUUGAAGACGAAAAACUGAAAUCCAUCAAAUCCGCUGUUAGUGGCUUGGAAGGAAUGAAAUUGCUUCUAAAGUACUGCAACGCCAUGGGAUUGAGUAAUAGAAUAUGCUUCGAUCUAAGUUUGGCACGUGGACUCGAUUAUUACACAGGAGUUAUCUAUGAAUGCGUGCUCAAAGCAGAACCAAAGAUAGCACAAAACGGAGAAGAGGCUGGAACAGUUGGUUCAAUUGCUGGUGGUGGGCGUUAUGACGGCUUGGUUGGCAUGUUCGAUCCAAAAAGCAAACAAGUCCCUUGUGUGGGUGUAUCGAUUGGUGUAGAGCGAAUAUUUUCUGUACUGGAAGCUAAAAAUGCUGCCAGUGGUAUUAAGACACGCACAACCGAAAUAGAAGCUUAUGUAGCAUCCGCUCAUAAAGGUCUUCAUGAAAAGAGAUUACAAAUUCUAAACCAGCUAUGGGAUCAAGGAGUAAAAGCCGAACACUCUUACAAACUUAAUCCAAAACUCUUAGCGCAAUUGCAAUACUGUGAAGAAAAUGGCAUUCCCUUGGCAGUUGUUUUUGGUGACUCCGAGCUGGGAAAAGGAAUUGUCAAAAUUCGAGAGAUAACAACAAGGAGGGAAGAAGAAGUUAAAAUCGAAGACUUAGCUGAUGAGAUCAAAAAACGUUUACGAACAUAAAUACAUAAUCUAUAAUUUAUAAGCAUUCUAUGAUAAAAUGUAUUUAUUUAUUUAUAAUACGUAAAGAACUCUCUGCCAGGGCAUUUACUUAUCCGUGCUGUAGCUAUUCUCCCAUUAAAUUACCUGCAAAACAAAACAAACCAAACAUAAUAAAUCACAAAAUAAUGAUAAAAAAAAUCAGCGAGAAAGCCAAAAAACAAAGUUGUUUUAUU